GUCUCUUAUGUCAGUCUUUCCACAAGAGAGACAUUUUCAAAAGUUGGUCGAGAACUCUUGAGAGCAAUUGCCAACAUCCAUACACAGAUUAUUUCUGUACUGCUGGAUCGAGUUAGAGACACCAUCGAGAAAGUUGGGAUGGUUUCUUUAUAUCUGUUUAAAGAACUGCCGUUGCACCUGUGGAAGCCUUCUUCGUCUGAGAUCGCGCUGAUUCGUGACUGGUUGUUAAAUUACACUCUAACAACAGUGGAGAAUAAACUAGCCUGCAUUAUCUUGGAAGGGCUGAACUGGGGAUUUGGUGACCAUGGUGCACUUCAUCUGGAUCCAGCUGUCCAUUCUGAGGUUGCAUUGAUGGUUCUGGAAGCAUAUCAGAAAUAUCUUUCCCAGAAACCAUAUGCUGGGCUGCUUUCUGAAAGCAUAAAACAGGUCUCCUACUUAGCCAGCAUUGUUCGUUACGGAGAAACGCCAGAGACUUCCUUUAACCAGUGGGCGUGGGGUUUGAUUUUGAGGUUAAAGCUCCACAGAAACGACCGUGGCAUGCAGCAUGGCUGGCCUGCAGUCCCCGUGUCUGACAGCGUGCUCGACAUGACCGAGUCGGUCACGCUUCACCCCCUGCUGAAGGCUGUGAAGGCCAACGUCCCCAUCGGCUGCUACUUGGCACUGGCGAUGACCACGCUAGGUCACAGCAUUGAGAAGUUCUGUGCUGAAGGGAUCCCUCUUCUGGGUGUGCUUGUCCAGUCUAGGUAUCUGAGAACAGUAGCCCAUGUGCUGGAUAAAAUUUUGCCCUUAUUUUACUCUUGCCAGUAUUAUCUCCUGAAGAAUGAACAAUUUUUAUCGUACGUCCAACUGUUCCUUCACCUGGAUAGUGGAGUCCCUCAAGGUGUGACCCAGCAGGUUACCCAUAAAGUAACACAGCACUUGACAGGAGUCAGCUAUGGAGAAAAUGUGAAGCUGCUCAGUAGUAUGAUCCAGACUCACAUAUUUCUAAGUGACCAGCCAAAUGGAGUGGGGCCGGCUGCAGUACUGGAGUUUUGGGUUCAGGUCCUCACCAGCCAGCAGCUGUGGCACAGGGACCGGGCAACACUCUUCUUGCUGGAUGAUUUAUGUAAAGCUGCUUUUCAGUACAGUCAAGAAGACUGUGUGCAAAAGCUGCUUUACCAACAACACAAGAAUGCUUUGGGCUAUCAUUGUGACAAAGGUCUGCUGUCUUCGCUUGUCAGCUGGAUUGUGGCAGGCAAUGUGACACCUUCCUUUGUUGAGGGCAAUGCCAAUUCUUCUCAGGUAUGGUUUUCAUGGAUGGUGUUAAAUAUGGAGUCAAUAUUUGAAGAAGACUCACAGCUUCGCAGACUUGUGGAAGGGGAGUUGGUUAUUAAUGCCUUAACUCCUGAUCAAGCUUUGAAGAAAGCACAGACUCAGCUGAAGCUGCCCAUCGUACCUUCCCUUCAGAGGCUCAUGAUUUACCGCUGGGCUCACCAGGCCCUUGCUACCCCUGCUGAUCACCCUCUCAUGCCACUAAUCUGGCAGAAAUUCUUCCUCCUUUACCUUCACCGACCAGGACCACAAUAUGGGUUACCUGUAGAUGGCUGUAUUGGAAGGCGUUUUUUCCAGAGUGCAGCUCAUAUUAACUUACUGAAUGAAAUGAAGCAGCGCUUAGUGGAGGUAGCAGAUUUCCACCACGCUGCCAGCAAAGCCCUAAGAGUGGAGAGUCCUGCAGAGGGCAGUGACAGAUCACCAGAGAAGGCGAGCUGCUCACCAGAUUACCUGACUUCACCAGAACUGCAUAAGGAGCUUGUCAGGCUUUGUAAUGUUUUCAUUUUGUGGUUGGAAGAAGAGAGUUUCCAGAAAGGAGACACAUAUGUUCCUUCUUUACCGAAGCAAUAUGAUGCACAUAGGCUUGCUAAAGUCAUGCAGAAUCAACAGGAUUUGUGGAUGGAGUAUGUCAACGUUGAGCUCAUACACCAUGAGUUUCAGGAAGCUCUAAACCUUUGGCUACAGGUUCAGCUUGAAUCACCUACAACUGGUAUUUCUGCAGGGCACACAGAUUUCACUAACCCUUUAUCAGCCAAAGAGAGAAUAAUGAAUAAUUUGAAGAAGUUUGAUGUUCCCAAGCCCCUUCUUCCGCUCCAGAUGAUGAAAGCUCCUGUGCCAGUUAUUUCCUCUGCCAGUCUAGUAAGUGAGAAAGAAGCAAUUCAGCUCAUGUGCAUGGACCUUAACAUCUUGCAGCGACAUGCCAAAACUGCAGCUCUCUGGGAAUCUCAGCAUGUUGCUCUUAAUAGUGAAAUAUUGGACACAGUACCGAAGCUGUACGUCAAUCGGGAAGAGCAGAUCACCCUCCAUUUGGAGUGCCGGGGAACCUCAAAUAAAGGCUGUCAGGGAGCAGCUCUUCUAACCAUCCAGUUUGAAGGGAAACAUAAAAAUGAAGCAGUGAGCCAGCAGCUUCAUGCUUUGCGUAAAGAAGUGAGACAACUGCAGGCAGAAGCUACGAAGCCACCUUCUCUGGGUGUUGUGGAAGCAGCAGUACAUGUGGAAAAUUUUAUAACAGCCUUAAUAAAUAUCUACAAGGUGCAGCCUAUGCCUGCGAUUAAGAAAGUUGGAAUUAGUUUGUUUUUUACGUUAGUGGACUACGUGUGUGAUGAAACUCAACGCAAUCCUCCCACACGGCAGUUCUUCACAUCCUGCAUCGAGAUCCUAGGCCAGGUGUUCAUCAGUGGGACCAAGUCAGAGUGCAAACGUCUCCUCCAGACAAUCCUGCAGAAUCGAAGGCUCUGUACUCUACUUUCUCCUUACUUCACUCCUGUUGCCUCUCCCAAUGAGUUUGUGACUUUAUAUAAAGAAGUCGUGGCCUUUCUGAGUGAGGAUAACAGUGAUGUUGUCUUCAUGUUGCUGACAAAGUUUGACCUUGUACAAUGGCUAAAUGUUGCUAAGCCACCUCUAUCUGAACGUACCAAGCUUCUGGAGUCUAUUCACUUGGCUCUCAAUGCAUGUGGCCUUGAACCUGAAGAAGAUAUUUUGAUGCCAUUUAAUAUCUUCUGUAAGCACUGGACUAACCUUCUGCAGUAUCAGUUCCCUGAUCACUAUAGUGAUUUCCUAAGACUGUUCGUGCAAAGCUCUUCAGAGCAGCUUUUAAGCCCCGACUGUUGGAAGGCAUCACUUAAAGCUUUGGGAUGUGGAUCAUCAGUGACUGAACAGGGAAGCUUCAAGAAAAGCAGCUCUACCGAAAGCCCUGUAUUGCGGGAUGCUGCAAAAAUUCUCCUCUCUGCAGAACAGGUUAGAGAGACAAUAGAAUGGCUUUCCACAUCUUUCUGCAAACUUCGUCUGGCUUCAGUGGACUUCAGGACUUUUGGCCUGUUCUCAAAAUGGAGUCCUUAUGCAGCCGAAGUGAAUAAAUUUUUAAAGUAUCUUACUGAACAACUCAUUGACACAGCAGUUGCCAAUUUAGCCCAAGAGCCUGUUGGCAGUAACAGAAUUUUAGCAGCAUUACAGUCCUUGUAUUCAAUCAUUGCUGGACUCUUUAAACCAUGGAUACUGGUCUUGGAUAAGGAAGAUGCAAGUAACCAGCCCUGCUACCCUUGGCUAGAGAGUGACACUCCGGUGGCGUCCACCGUGGUUUGUUCGUUUACAGACUGCAUCAAGCUUUUGCACGAGAGCUUUAAAGACAAGCUGUUGCCAAGCCACCAUGGGGCUCUGUGGUUACAUCUGAUGCAUUACUGCGAAUGUUGCACAGCCCCAAAAAUGCCAGAGUUUAUUCUCUAUACUUUCCAUACUGAGUUCAGAAGGCUUCCAUGGAAGGAAAUGCAUCCAGACCAGAUGCUUAUGGAAGAGUUCUUUAAAAUUGAAAGAGGGAGCCCUAAGAGUUGUUUCUUAUUCUUGGGUUAUGUUCUAUGUGAAAUAAACUGGGUCAGUGUCCUCUCUGAUGCCUGGAAUCCCAACCCUCAUCCUCAGACUCACAACAUGAUUGUCUGUUUGCUGUACAUGAUGGUCCUGUUGGCAAAGGAGGAACAACUUAUAGGUGAAGAGGAAUCACCACUCAUAAAUCUUCUUGGACAGACCAGCUCCCUUCCUUGGCAGCUUGUGAGCAUUUCGUCUUACCAAAGCAUCAUCAACUACUGCAACAGUCACUACCCUCCCUCUGUUAUCCUUGCUAAGGAUGCUGCAGCUGAACUGAUAGUGAAGCUCCUGAAAAUCUCAGCAGGCUUCGGUGCAUCUUCGGAUAGUCAUGUCCACCUUGAUGCAACACUGAAGUGCCGAGCAUACAUUCACCAGGUGGUUCAGUUUCUCAGCACCUUAGAACAAAGCGGAAAGAUUACUCUUGCAGUUUUGGAACAAGAAAUGUCCAAGUUGCUAGAUGAUGUAGUCAUCUUUAAUCCUCCAG